GUGUAUGCAGGGAAGGGUUCAUACUCCGGUACCCACACGCCUGUACACGCAACUUUCAACACCAGAGACUAAAAUACUCCCAGAAAACCCCCCAACUCUGCAGAUCACAGAUGGUGCGUGUUUGAGGAUGGCGACUUUCGUGGAGAUAGAUUUCACGGAUCUGGAGUUUUACGAGCGCUGCGGCGGCGGUUCGUACGGCAGCGUGUACCGCGCGCUCUGGAAGUCCGCCAAACUCGAGGUGGCCGUCAAACGUCUGCUGGUCUUGGAGAAGGAGGUUGAGGUGCUGAGUAGUCUGAGACAUCGAAACGUUGUGCAAUUCUACGGUGCAGUGACCAAGGAACCCAACUACUGCUUAGUUACAGAAUAUGCUGCUCAGGGCUCGCUAUAUGCUUACCUCGCAUCAACAGAGCUGGGCUUUGAACGAACACUAACAUGGGCAAGAGAUAUCGCUCUCGGAAUCAACUACCUUCACAAUGAGGCUCCCUUUACAGUAAUCCAUCGAGAUCUGAAGUCCAAAAACGUUGUGAUCAGCAGUGACAUGACAGUAAAGCUGUGUGAUUUUGGAGCCUCCCGGUUCAUGUCCAGCACAACCAAAAUGUCCUUCGUAGGAACCAUCCCAUGGAUGGCGCCGGAGGUCAUUCAAGGUCUCCCCGUGUCAGAAGCUUGCGAUACGUACUCCUUUGGAGUGGUUGUUUGGGAGCUACUAACAGGAGAGGUGCCGUUCAAAGGUGUAGAAGGUUUCCAAGUGGCCUGGCUAGUGGUGGAGAAAAACGAGAGGUUAACCAUCCCCAGCUCCAGCCCACCCAAGUUGGCUGCUCUCAUGAACCAUUGCUGGGAAACAGACCCUAAGAAAAGGCCGACUGUAAAAGAGAUCCUUGCUGUACUAGAGGGAAUGAUGCACGAUAAGAACUUUGCUGAGAUGUCAGAUUCCUUCCACCAACUUAAGAUGGCGUGGAAAGCUGAGAUCCAGCAGACAGUAGAGAAGCUGAAGAAGAUGGAACGAGCCCUCAGCAUGAGAGAACAACAGCUUCAGCAGAAGGAGAAAGACCUACACAGGAGGGAACAAAAGCUCAGAAGCAGCCUCUCUGUGCCAACUAUCACAGCAGACCAUGAUGUUGGUGCUUGGACUGAACAAGAAGUGCACAUAUGGAUGCAGCACUUGGGGAAUGACUCUGGCCACCCCAGUGACCUGUCCAAGUACGCAGACGUGUUCCUACAGAAUAACAUCAACGGUAAGAGACUGCUGAUGCUGUCACCGGAGGACCUCAGGUCUAUGGGCAUCCUGUCUCUGGGACACAGGCUGGACUUACAGAAUGAAAUUGAGCAACUGAAAAUUGAGAAUCACAGGCUGCUGCACUUUCCUCCACUGUCAAAGGAUGCCGGACUGUACCAAGGUGGUUCCUCGCCCGGGGGUCAGACCUAUGUCACCUUAAACCUUCUCAUUGGGAAUCACUGCAGAAUGGGCCAGACUCCAGAGGAGAGUAAGUGGAAGAUGUACGUGGAGGUAGACGGUGACACUGCCGCCGUGACAGCCAUCAAAAAUGUCACCUUCCUACUCAAGUCUACUAAUGAUGUCAUCAGGAAAGAUCAUCCUCCUUACCUGAUGGACAACUGGUGUGUGGGGUCAAACUCUCCCAUUCAAGUGGAAUGUUCCAUUUUCUAUGAGGAUCAUGUGAAGAAACCCAAGCAGACGAAGCAUCUCCACACAGUAGUGCUGGAAAAGGGAGGAGAAACCCAGGAGAAAACUGUGCAGUUGUGUCUGAGACAGCCGGGGGUACCUGACAGCGGUACCUCUACACCUGCACGCAGCUCGCCUAAACACUUCACAGAAGAACAGGUGACACUGCUCCCACAGAACUCAGUCCACGCUGCAGGCACCGCCAUGGGCAGUGGAGCCGGCUGGUCAUCUCCACAGAGCGCCGGGUCAGGCGGUUGGACCACACCACAGGGAGCCUGGGCUAACCGGCCUGCACCAGCAAAUUUCCCAGUGAUGGCCUCCUCUGUGACCCAGCCCUCCGUGGGUCUGUGGGCCAGUGUGGCGGCCGGGAAAAUCUCCGGAAGGGACAACCCCCCACUUCCAGCGUCCUUCUACGUCACCAAGAAAUCUCCUCAGAAACCUGUCGCCCGCCGUUUGGACAACACAGAUGCGUCGUACAGAGACACACCGCUGACCGGGCACAGCACGCUUCCUUACGACGUCGACCGGACUGCCACGUACGAACCCAGGCAGUUCCGAAGACUCUCGCAAGAGGGACCGCGGAUCGUCAGCUGGUCUGACGAGAUGGAGAACCAACCGGAUUUGUCGUCGGGGAAGAGUUACGCAGACGUAGCGGGUCACGCGUGUAGCAUCACCGCAGACAUGCAGCAGUUACGUAUUAGAGACAGGGCGCACUCGAGUAGUAGUAGCGAGGUAUCAGGGCCGAGGUAUCCUCCAAACGCAGGCAGGCACACACAGAACUGGAACGAAGGUAGACAUCGCGGGUACAACAGACAAGAUGAGCGUAGCUACAGGUAUAACAGAGAAGAAGGGAGGAGUCACAGAUAUGAUAGUCAAGGAGAAGGGAGAAGCUACAAGUACGACAGACAUGGUGAAGGGAGGAGACCGAGGUAUGAGAGACAAGAAGGGAGGGAAGAGAGGUACGAGAGACAAGGAGGGAGAGAUGAGAGGUACGAGAGACAAGGAGAGGGGAGGGGACAGUACAGGGGGAACUACAGGGGGAACAGGAGGGGGAGGGGGGGUCGGGGUAGGGACUACCAUCGGAGGGUUAGCGACAUCCCACCUGCGGGUUCGUCGCCCGCGGAGCAUGCUCAGUACCGCCGCGUGGUCAGCACGUCGGAUAUGGAGAGGUACCGACAGGAGCAGGGGGAUCGUCGUCAUGACGAUUACGACGUCAUGGCAACGCAACAGAACAGCAUCCGGGAAGAGGACCACGCCUACUUCUAUGUCGGCGACGGGAGGAGCCAAUCAGCUGUCAGGGAUGAUUCAUUUGAUGACGGCAGGGGAGGAAGACACCAGUCGAGGGAUGAUUCAUUUAAUGAUGGCAGGGGAAGGGGAGGACACCAGUCGAGGGGCGGUAGGAGCCCAGCUGUUAGGGAUGAUUCAUUUGAUGAAGGUAGGGGAGGGCACCAGUCAAGGGAGGUGCAAGUCCCCGACCACACACGUGAUCAGUCCCCCGACCGCCUGGGUUUCCACCCAUCGAACGAAUCCGGGGACCAAUCGGAUGGCUCGUGGCAGGAAGUGAAGAAGAGGGAACGGAAAAUCUCCGGGUCAUCCGGGGGGGACCAUCAGGAGAGGGGGAGGGGUAGGGGGCGAGGGGGUAGGGGGAGAAGGGGAGGGGGGACCCCGGGGAGGGGGGAACAGGGGAAGGGGAGCAGGUACGUACUCGGAUAG